AUGACAUUUAAACUGUUUGGAAACCAAGGGUAUCUCACCGCAGACCCGAAGAACGUGGAAUCCAUACUCUCAACAAAUUUUGAAGAUUGGGGCCUCGCAUCCCGGCGACCUGGUCUUAUGGCUAUGCUAGGCGAAGGUAUUUUCACUCAAGAUGGUCAUCCAUGGAGGCAUUCGAGAGCGUUGCUCCGCCGCCAAUUCGUACGAAUUUACCAGCAAGAUUCCAAGAUUUUCGACGAACACGUGGAAGAGUUGAUUUACAAGCUCCGCUCUGCAAAUGGCGUGGUAGAUCUGCAACCCCAUCUUUUCCGCUUUACUCUAGCUACGACAACAGCGCUUAUCUUCGGAGAAUCCAUCUUUGCCUUGCCAGGAGCAGAGACGGAUACUUUUGAGAAAGCUUUUGACUAUGCCAGCUACAUCAGUGCGAUCAGACUGCGUCUUGCUGAUUUAGAAUGGAUAUGGAAGCCUACCAAAUUUAGGGCGGCUUGUGAUACCAUCAAAGAAUAUGCGUCUCACUUCGUGCGACUUGCCCUCGAGGACAUGGAGAAAAAUGGCGAGGAAGCAGCAUCUGAGAAGCACGCGUUUAUUCUCGAGCUUUACAAGGAGAUGCAGGACCCCGUUCUUGUGAGAGAUCAAUUGGUCCAUGUACUUAUUGCCGGAAGGGACACGACGGCAUGUCUAAUGUCAUGGGUAUUCUUUCUUCUCGUGCGACACCCUGAAACUCUCGCAAAACUUCGCAACGAGAUUCAACACAUCACCGGAGGAUCGCAUGAAUUGAGCCGGGCAAAAAUCAGCAAGAUGCAGUAUCUCCGAUGUGUGAUCAAUGAAGCGCAACGACUAUAUCCACAACUUCCAGUGAACGUCCGCGUGGCCACUAAAACGACAUUUCUUCCCAGCGGAGGAGGGCCCGAUCGCAGAUCCCCGGUACUAAUACCUGAAGGCACAGGCGUCGAACUUACGCUAACUGAAUUGGCAGAGGAAUUUGCACUGACAGAAGCUUCGUGUGCAAUCGUACGAAUUAUUCAAACGUUCCCCGAGAUCAGAUUACCGCCUGAAACACCUAGUGUUCCGCCUGGUGAGGAGAAACAAGCUUUGACAAUUGUGGUUAUAAGUGCAGAUGGAUGUAAGGUUUUGCUGGACUGA